AUGUCAUCGGAUAGAAUCUUAACUUUUAUUCUUGGUUUUUCUGUUUUCGGCACAUUUUUUGGUCAUGGAUGUUUAGCGACUCGAUUUGUUCCGUCAUGGUUGCCCUAUUUACGUGUCAUUGGCGUGGGUGAUAAAUGGGCUCGAAUUCUGAUGCCUGUUAUUGGCUUUAUGGACAUUAUCAUUGGUUUUUUCUGUUUAUUUUCUCCCACAUAUCCUCUAGUAUAUUGUUGGGCAUUUGUCUGGGGUGUUGCUACAGCUAUGAUGCGUCCACUAGCUGGUGAAUCAAUUUUUGGUCUUGUUGAACGAACAGGAAACUUCUGUCCUGCCUUAGCUUUGCUCUGGCUCAACAGUGGCCGUCAUUUCGGUUUUUACCUUAAUGUGUGCGCUAUCAUGGCAGGUACACUUGUAGUGUCUGGAGUCAUUCUUCGAUCUACUGCAUUGUUGAAAAAAUAG